GUUGCUUACUUUGUGUUACUAACCUUUUGCAUUUGGCAUGGAAGUAUUAGGUGAGUCCCUUCUUGCUGUGUAAGUAGGUAAGAUCAUGCAUUAGACAUGGAUUUUACUGAGGAUACAACUAAACAAGGGAAAAGACUUGGGGAAGAUGUCACAUCUCAUUCUACUACUAAGAAGGCUAAGGAGUCAAUCUUUUCAAUCUAUACCUCCAAACCUAACUUGAAGCUAUUGAAAGAGGCUUAUGGCUUGUUGUCCUCUAGAGAGAAGCAUGACUUUGAGUUUGAGUUGGUGCCCACCAUUGAUGAGUAUCAUCACUUCCUACAGUGUAGUCCUGCGAUGGAUUCUUGUACCUUCACUCCUCAAGCACAACAUAUGAAGUUCACACUAGAAAAAGUUCAAGAAAUGUUGCAAGCUAUGUGGAGUUUUUCAUUUGAAUUAUCACAAUCAUUGGUGACAACUAGAGAUGAUUCUUAUGGGUUCAAUUGGAAUACGGCGUUAAUGGCUUUGGGAAAGAGAUUGAAAGGCAUGACAUCUUCUCAAAGGAUCAACUUUGUGGCAUUGGGAAUUUAUGGCAUGAUGAUCUUCCCUAUCUAUGUCAAGACCAUUGUACCUAUGGUGAUAGCUUUGUUUGAGCAAUUGUUGCACACUUUGGUAUUUAAUCCUGCUUCUACCGUGAUAGUUGAAAUUUUGUGGUCUAUGAAAGAAUUCGGGCUAAAAGAUCUAGCCACUUCUCAUGUUGCAUCGAGCUUAGCAACUAUUAAUGAUGUUGGAUUUGUUCUCCUGACUUGGAAUGCUACUCAUUAUCUUGCUCCACCUGAAGGACAUCACUCUAUUCCUUUGUUGGGUAUUCAUGGAGGGGUUACAUAUUUAGUGGAGUUGGCAUCUCAUCAGUUUGCAAAAGCACAAAGUGUUCCCUAUCUUGGUGAGACAUUACAGUCAAACUUUGAUUACAUGUCUUCCCCAGCAAUUGUUGACAAGGCAUCCGAAGCACAUGAGAUGUGGGAGAAAUGUAGGAUGCUACCUAUAUGGAAAGAGAAAGGGACUAGACCACAAUAUGAGCAAUGGAGAUUGAGAUGGAGAGCUAAGCUCUCUUUACCAUGGGAGUUGCUAGAGAAGUAUGAUGAGUUAGCUCUUGAUCAUGAAUUGCUUAAAAAAGGGAAGGAGUUGUCCGAUCAGCAAGUGGCAGGGUUGAAAGACAAGAUUGCCUCUUUAGAAAAGGAUUUGGUUGCUAGUAAGGAAAUUUGUGGGAAGCAAAAGAGGAGCUUGGAGUUUGCCAAAGAACAAAGGAAAAAGCUGUUACGAGUAAAGGCGGAUCUUAAGGCAAGAGAAAAAGAGAACAAAGAGCUUGUGGAAAAAGUGAUUAAACAGCAAGAGUUGAAAGGAAAAGUGAUUAAGUGGAGGAAUGCUUACAACAACUUAUUGUCUGAUUAUGAUGCUCUACAAAAGGAAUUACGAACGGCAAAGCAGUCAAAGCAAGGGGAGAAGGAAGACACAACUUGAAGAGCUUGGGGAAAGAUGGGUUACUUGGGAGCUAUUGUACAAACAUCGGAAAUUUAGAUUUGUCAAUGAAAACUUGCUUGAACGAAUACAAUUUUUCUUCCUUG